GACAUCCAUCCCGAACACAAGGCUGCACAGGAAUACGCUGAAUUGAUGAUGAUGUUGGGAUCUCUGUUUUUAAACCUCGCCAAGAAAGGCUCUAAUUUCCUCCUUUAUGAGAAGAAAAUGUGAGAAACUCGCUCUGAAGAGCACUCCUCAUAACUUGCGUGAAGGAAUCCGACGGCUUGGCACGUUGCUCCACUGCGGGAAAAAAAAGAGGAGGAAAAACGCAGCUGGAUCUGAAGGUAAGAAAAAGAUCCAGUAGGAGCAUCCCUAAGACUUUUUCCAAACUGAUUUUUCUUCCUCUUUAUGGGGGGGUUUUCCUCGGCGUCCGGAGAGCCGAGCAGUAUUUUUUCUCCCCCCUUUUGUGUGGUGCUGCAUUGCAGUUUCUAACUGUGAAAAACGCGAGAAAAGCCGCUGUCCCAAAUGUGACUGGAAUAAAAAAGAACUUACAAAUGGCAUUAUGAACUGAUAAGCGUCCUCCUGUGACAACGGGAUAGCUCUCCGGUUGGCGGGGAAAGAAAGGAGUGAAGAAAGAGUGAAGUGGAUUAAUCAAAGACUGAUGAAUUAGUUUCUUUUUCUUUCUUUUUUUUAGCAGCAGAAUGGAUUUUUUUCAUAUCUCUGUGUCAUGACCAGCCUAGCGAGACACCGCAAUUGUUACAGAAGUUAAAAAACAAAAGCACUGAGUGUAGGAGGAGAAUAAAAGAAAGGAGCCUUGCACCGCUCAAGUGAACUACAGUGAGAGUGCGGAAGCUUUUCUCCGGACCUCAGGCGGCAGUCCGCAGAGAGCGACAGGGAGAGUGUAAGAAGCAUAAAUCAAACACCCACGCUGUGAGGUACGCCAGACCACAAAACACUAAUAAAGAAGAGGCAAGCCGCAGCUCGGAGGCAGACAGAGCGGGGAAGGAGAGAGGCGAGAGGAAGAAGGAGCCAUGCAGAGGCUUGGUGCAGUGCACUCCUCCGCGGCGCAGGCUCUCAGCCUCGUGGUCUUAGUGCUGCAGUUGCUGACUCAGCUACCGGGUGCCUACUCAGCUCUCCGGUACCGGGUGGCGGAAGAGGGCCCACCUGAUGUCAAAAUUGGAAACGUUGCCGCCGACCUGGGCCUCACGGCAGGUACAGGCAGCGGGGAUGUCACCUUUGCCCUGGAGAGUGGCUCAGAGUUCUUCAAGAUUGACAAUGUGACAGGUGAGCUGACAACAGGCCCACGGCGCAUUGACAGAGAGAAGCUCCCACAGUGUCAGAUGAUAUUUGAUGAAAAUGAGUGUUUCUUAGACUUUGAGGUGUCAGUCAUAGGGCCUCUGCAGAGCUGGGUGGACCUGUUCGAAGGCCGCGUGGUCAUAACAGACAUCAAUGACAACACACCUUCCUUCCCCUCACCUGUGCUCCAGCUCUCAGUUGAGGAGAAUCGCCCAAUAGGAACCCUUUACCUGCUGCCCACAGCCACAGACAGGGAUUUUGGGCGAAACGGCAUCGACCGCUAUGAGCUGAUUCAAGAUGGUGGAGCUGGGUCAAGUUCAACAAGACGCACAGCAGGAGGAAAUCCCAUUACUAGAGUAGAUGGAGUUGGUGACCGGAGGGGUAGAAGUGGGGAUAAUGGAGGAGGAGCCAGGAGCACAGUGUUUGAACUACAAGUUGCAGAUAUACCAGAUGGCGAAAAACAGCCACAGCUCAUUGUGAAAGGCACAUUGGAUCGUGAGCAAAAAGACUCAUAUGAGCUCGUCCUCAGGGUUCGAGAUGGAGGGAACCCACCGCGUUCCUCCCAAGCCCUGCUUCGUGUUUCCAUCACUGAUGUGAAUGACAACAGCCCACAGUUUGAAAGGUCCACGUAUGAGGCAGAAAUGGCAGAAAAUGCCCCUCCAGGUACACCUGUCCUCCAGGUCAGAGCUUCUGACCGUGACAUUGGAGUCAACGGGCAGGUGGAGUACGUCUUUGGAGCUGCCACUGAAUCUGUCAGGCGACUCCUGCGGUUGGACGAGGCAACUGGAUGGCUGAGCGUUCUUCACAGGAUCGACAGGGAAGAAGUGGCUCAAUUGAGGUUCACCGUAACGGCCAGAGACCGGGGUCAGCCACCUCGUACUGACCGCACCACUGUAAUCUUGGCUGUCCGGGAUGAAAAUGACAAUGUCCCAGUUGUAGAGAUCCGGAAGAUUGGACGGAUCCCCGUUCGAGAUGGGGCAGCAUUAGUGCCGGAAAAUGUUUUGGUGGACACACCAGUAGCUCUGGUGCAGGUGUCAGACCGAGACCAGGGAGAGAAUGGGGCUGUGACGUGCACAGUUGUAGGAGAUGUCCCAUUCACAUUGAAGCCAGCUGGUGAAACAGCACUCCCACCCCUACCUGCAGAUGAAGCGUUUGACAGGAAUAAGAAAAAAUACUUCUUACAUACUUCCGCCUUGCUGGACUACGAGGCCACCAAAGAGUACAGUGUUACUAUUGUGGCAGUAGAUUCAGGCAGCCCCAGUCUGUCCAGCAACAGCUCCCUGAUGGUGCGAGUGGUUGAUAUCAAUGACCAUGCCCCAACCUUUGCCCAGAGCGUUGUGGAGGUCCACUUUGCCGAGAAUAACUCGCCUGGAGAAAGGGUAGUCACUGUGGUAGCCACAGACGCAGACAGCGGCAAAAAUGCAGAGAUUGUAUACUCCCUAGACCCUGCUGCUAAUGGGCCAUUCUACAUAGAUGCCGAUAAUGGAGAUAUCCGUGCCACUGGGGUUCUGGACCGUGAGCUGCGAGAGAGGUAUGAACUCCGGGUUAUUGCCAAGGACAAGGGUACCCCAUCUCUGCAAGGCUCUGCGACUGUUGUCGUUCAGGUGACUGACCGCAAUGACAACGCGCCAAAGUUUGUUCAGGAAAUCUUUACGUUCUACGUGAAAGAGAAUCUGCUCGCCAACAGUCCAGUUGGCAUGGUCACUGUGACUGACGCUGACGAAGGCGAGAAUGCAGAACUUAGUUUGUUCGUAGAGAUGGAUGGAGUUGAUGAGAAGAAGACAGGAGAGAAGAUAGAAGGAGAAGAUGAUGAAAAAGAGCAAGAAGAGGUGUUUUCCAUUGAGAACAACACAGGAACCAUCUUCUCCUCAGCAUCGUUUGACCGUGAAAAGCUUUCCACCUACACCUUCCGUGUCCGGGCUGUGGAUGGAGGGGAGCCCCGCAAAACUGCCACCGCCACCGUCUCGCUCUUUGUCACAGAUGAAAAUGACAAUGCCCCAUCAAUCACCUCUCCAGCCAAUGAGUCCUACACCCUCCUUCCUCCUGCCAGCAGUGCCCGCACCAUUGUCAAGACUGUAACAGCCAUAGACUCAGACACUGGCCCAAAUGCAGACCUUCGCUUUGCUCUUGUAGGUGGAAAUCCCUUCAGACUGUUUGAGAUUGGUCACACCAAUGGAGUGAUCACCCUGGCAGAACCUCUGGAGCGGCGGCACAGAGGUUUACAUCGCCUGGUGGUCCGGGUGAAUGAUAGUGGGGCCCCCUCUCUUUGUGCCACCGCCCUGGUUCAUGUCUUCAUCAAUGAGAGCUUGACCAACACUACCAUAGUGGAUGCACAGGUGGCCCGAAGCCUGAUGGCUCCACUGUCACUGGACAUCGCAGGGGAUCCAGACAGUGAGCGUGCGUUAGGGAAACAGCGCCUCAGUGUAGCUAUUGGUGUUUUGGCAGGAGCCGCCGCGGUCAUCCUGGUUAUCCUUCUCGUCGUCACAGCUCGGCAGUGUGGUGCUCAGGGCAAGAAUGGUUAUGAGGCCGGUAAGAAGGAGCCCGAGGAAGACUUCUUCAGUCCUCCAGGGGCUCAACCACAAGUCGGCCGUGGCAGGGGAUCAGACCGUGGACGCAAACCUCGACGGGACAAGCGCAAUGGAAGUGGCGGUAGUGCAGCUGCAGGAGGAGGGAAGUCUGACAGAUCACUCUACAGCGGUAUUGUCACGGUCAACGGGCUGCGUCGCCAUGCCAAUGAUGACGACGAGGAGGAUUUGAGCAGUGCUAGUGAGCGUCUUGCGGCCCGCUACUGUGUUGUGGACGGUGACCCCGGCAGCCCGCGGAUGGGUGGCGGCAGGAGACACCAGUCGAGCCCAGAUCUGGCCAGGCACUACAAAUCCAGCUCACCUCUCCCUGCAGUGAAUCUACAGCCCCACUCCCCCCCAGCUGAGGGAAAGAAGCACCAGGCGGUCCAAGACCUGCCACCUUCCAACACCUUUGUGGGCAGUGGGGGUUGUGUGGGCAGUGCCGGCUCCAGCAGCAGCAGUAGCGGAGGCAGUGGCAAUGCAGAUGCUAUGUCCCUGGGAUCUGACCAGUGCUCAGAGUAUGGCUGCCAGACUGGGAACAAGUACAGCAAACAGGGGACCCUUCGUCGGGUGACCUUCUCGGUAGUCAGCCAGCCCCAGGACGGCGGUUGCUAUGACAGUGGCCUGGAGGACUCCGAGACACCGAGCAGCAAGAGUUCAUCAGGGCCGCGGCUGGGAGCCCUUCCGCUGCCCGAGGAAGGCUACGAGAGGACCACACCAGAGGGCAGUGUGGGAGAAGAGGAGCAUGUGGAGAAUGAUGCCAGACAGCUGCCAGAUGUAGCUCUGACAGGAAAGUGUACUAGGGAAUGUGAUGAGUUUGGUCACUCUGACACUUGUUGGAUGCCCGUCCGCCCUUCACCUCGCCAGCGUCAGCGCCACGGCAGCGACCCCCCACGGCUCUCCACCUUCGCCCCCGGAGACGAUAACAACAAUCUCCGUGGUAACGACCAUGAGAGUGACAGCGAGAGCGCUGGCAGUGCAGGGAGCUCAGAACCCGGGGUGGUUGUCGGCGGAGAAGGUCAAAGAUUACCCUUAGCCAACGGGGAUCCUCUCGGCACCCUGGGUAGAGGAGACCGCAAUAGGAACAUGGGCGAUCACAACCGUAACCUCCUUAACCGCAAGAUGACUUCGGCAUCCUAUGACACAUUUAGCAGCGCAGGCUUCGGGAGGCGCCAGCAAGAGGACGAAGGAGGAGAAGGCCAGAACCCACCUGAGGUCAUACCACUGACGCGGACAGGAGGGGACUACAAGACCACGUCCUGCCUCACAUUGUCACGCCGCGAGGUCUACCUGUGACAGCCUUGAAUGGAGCAAUCAUCACCACACCGCUCCCUUUUCUGAAAAAGAGGGAGGGUUAAGACUUGUCUGGCGGGUCAUUAGUUUGGAAGGCCUCUUAAACCUGUGAAGAUGUGAAAAUGUCAGAAAAGCUGUAUAUCAAAUUGGAACUUUUGGAUUCUGACUAAUAUUUAUAGGCACUUAAGCUUAAGCAAGUGAUGGAUCAACUCUUUGGGGAGCUCUGACCAGGUGUACUUUCUAAAAAAAAGUCUUUUUUUAACUACUAGUGAAAGUUGCCUACAGGCAAAGAUCUUAUUAUGUCCAUGUGGAGGAGGACAACUUCAUCUCUUCUUUUUACCUGAAUCCAAUGCAUGCCUGACCCUCUACCACAGAGGGAUCUGUCUGAAGAAGAGAGAGUUUGAGACUAAGUAAAAACUGAUGCUAUAAAUGCCUCAGUACAUCAUACACAAAAAAACUUUCACUGAGGCUGCAGCAAACAAGAUUUGGACUCAACUUGUGAACAAUCUGCUGAAAAAAAACCACUGAGAUCGUAUCCAGUGAAAAUAGACAAAAAGCAGUAACGGGUCUUUGAUUGAGUUAUUUGGAAUCAAUCAACCAAUCAAACCUUCUAAUGCCUAAUCAACUCUUAUCGUAACACAAGACGGGGAUAUUAACCAAUCAAACUGCUAAUCCUGUGAAAAUCUUAACAAGUCAUAAACAGAGUAUCAAAGCACCAACAGAAGUGUGGUCACUGUACAGUUACACGGUAGGAAAAAAAUGUGCUGAUCUCUAAAAUCAGGUAUCGUUCUUUAAAAACAUAAAUGAUUCAGAACAAACUGCAACAAUGUGAAAAGACCGAUUUUUUUUUUUUUUUAAAGUAAUCAAAUGUAACCAUUCAGAACACAAGGUUCUCAUAGAGUGUCAGUAGUGCCACAGUAUUCCAGCGUGUGUGAAAAUAUGUGUUUAUUAUUUUGCCUUCACACCCAGUCUGUAUGUAUAUAUUGUAUGUGUGUAUUUGAUAAAACGGCAGUGUUAUCUCUCUGCUGGGGUCCACCGUUUCAGAGUAGACUGAGGUGCUGAGGUCGCUACAUACCUGCAGUAUCCUAACAGUGUUCAUGUAUCAUAAAUGUUCUUGACAUACAUGCACACACAUAUACACAUGCACGCAUGCACGCACUUACACACACAGACCUAAGCAUGUAAACACAAACUCAUACAGUGCAUUUACAGAAUGUGAACAUGCAUAGGGCCACAGUUUAUGACAUGAUUCAGUGGCCGUGUAACAUAAAGUAUAUAAUAAUUUGCAUUAACUUUCAUACAGAAAACAUUAAGCACACACACACACAAACACAAACAUACAGCGUAUUAAAACAUAAGUAGAAACACAAACCCAUUUUAGGAUGUGCGCAAUUCAUAUGCACUAUGUGUGUAUGUGCUCUUAAUCAUAAUUUUUUAACAUAUUUCCUGUCAUUGAACUAGCUGUAGCAUUUUGCCUGCUCCUCUCCAGCCAGUAUUUAAACAUGAAUUGUAUUUAAAUAAUUACUCAUCUCUCUGACUGAUGUGUGAGGCUACAUUAAAGGGAAUUUCAGACAUGACAUCUACUGUAUGUAAUGAUAAGACAAUGUGGGAAUAUAAGAUAUUCUGCAUACUGUAAGUAGGACUCAUAGAAAAACCAAAUUUCUGUAAGAAAAAAAGGAAAAGAAAAAAGGACUCUGCAUGAAAGAAAGACAAUGCUAACUUUUUUUCUCUUUUUUAAACCACACGCCUUUUUGGAUACCACGCCUAUUUGGAUACAUCUGUACUAUAUGUGUGUGCUUACGGGGGAAAUGGAGAUAAUGAUGGCAGCAAGGGAGUUAGCUUCAGUGGAUUACACUGUUCCUUCUUUAUUGUUGUGCAACUUUGGGGUAACCUUGGGCCUUUCUCUCAGUUUCCACGGCCCAGAGUUGGCACGAAGGGUGCCGCAGGCUGUAACAAAAAAGAUCACAAUGUAGUGGGAGCACAGGGUUCUGCUGCACCCUUUUUACCACACAGUGCCGACCUGAACACGCCCAUACUGCUGUGCUGAACCUCACAGAUAACAGACUCCUUCACAUUCGUCCUUCCCAGCAGCUACAGCACGACUCCAGACACACUCUGCUGCACUGGGCUGAAGAGUGGGUGUGGAUCGAGGCCAGCACAUCUUAAUUCCCAUCAUCAGUGUGUGGUUCAGUGGUGUGAUAGGGAUAAUAGGGUUAGGUCGUCCCUGUGGUCUUAAUGAGUUUCCUUUCUCCUCUCUUCUCUUCCCUUGAUCUGCACUGAUCUCAUUAACGUCUGGAUAGGCGAAUGUAACACUGCUGGAAAUUGCCAGUAAGUGUGUCUCUUCAUUUUUCUGGCUGUUUUGGAUCAGAUGAGGCGAAGGAGACUUGCUUGUUAAGGAUGUGCCACAAUUAAGUUCAUAGAUCCUUGUAGAGCAUAGAGUUAGUCAGAAAGGAGAACAAAACACUCAGGUAAGACGUGUGACGGUGUUUAUCUUUUUAACUAACACAAACCCAUACACUGUUGCUGCUUGACUGUCCCCUCACUGAAAGAUAACUCAAUGUGUGGAGGCAGUAAAGUAGUACGUACCAUGUCCUCUACAUUAAUUUUACAAUGUAAAAUUACAGUAGAGGACAUGUAAAUUAAUCAGGCUGAGAAAUGGGUAUCCUCUACAGUAUGUGUUUGAUUACAUUUUGUACACCUGUAUAUACCUUCAGCUUCACAACUCUGUGACUGACCCCCUUUAGCCUGUUUUAGACCACUGAUGUACUUACUCUCUAAGCCUUCAUUACCCCCAAAUCCCCAACAUGGCUGUUUACAGAGCUCUGUUAUUGAUGGACUGUGCUGAGGAUGUAACGAAACUCGAGGCCCAACACAUGGAGUUAAUCUGUUGACGGAGAGUUCACAUUAAAAAGGGAUUGGUGAAAACAAUCACAACAGGGUAUAUACACUGAGAGACAGAAGGACAUAUGCUCUUCCUCUGGGAAAAAUAGUUGAGAUAAGUGUGUCUCAAUCCCUUGGACGGCAGAAAGGUCUUGAAGAACUGAAGUCCAGUUUGUCAGUUUUGGAAAGAGACUCUUGACACAGCCUUGCCUCUUCAAAGUGGCAGAUAUUGCUUCAAACUGCUGUUUUAAGGCAGUUCCAUUAUAGCACCUUUCAAGCUCUCCCACUGGGAUUUAAGGGAACUUGCUGUACAUGAAUCUGUGUGGGUGUGUAUCUUUUUUAUACUGCACGUUUAAACAUGAAUAUGUUUCAGUCUUCUGCAAAACAGAGAGGGGAGACAGACAGAGAAGAGCUUAACGUCUGAGAUCUAUCACCCACUAAUCAAGACAUUUUUAAAAACAGACACUUCAGCGCACAUUAUGUACCUGUCAUCCCCCUCGUGCUGUUACCCUUAUAGCCAUGUACAGAUAAAACUACACUGUAGAACAGGCAACUGGAAACCAUAACAGACAAUGGCAUGCUUCUUAAGGUCUUCAAAUCUGCACUUGAGAAAAAAUGAGAAAAAAACUGUUAUUUUUAUUUUCCUUUUCUUUGUUUUCUUUUAUGAUGGGGCUGGCUCUGUUUUUUGCUGCUCCCUUCCUGUAAUUACAUAAUGAACUAAUUGCAUUUGCUAUGACGAGGAAGAAGAGGAGCUGUCGACGAAUGGUUUGGUACGAAGAUGAAUCAUGUAAAAGUUUGACUUUGACAUUAAAAACUUUAAACACU